AAUUUAAAUUUCUUACAUAAAUAAGGUCUUAGUGUAAAUGUUAGCAAUAAGAGCAGUUAAGCAAAACUUUAAUUCCCGUAUAUUCAACAAGUUUUCAACACUGAUCACAUCAACCGAAUUUAAUAAGUAUUGAGUCUGACAUGAGGAUACGAAAUGACUGAUGGGGGGAUAAGUAUGAACAGUUUGGGCUCCUAACGGCUUUCCGAAUUACUUGAUACUAAAUCAAAUAAGUGAGAUGAGUAGUAACUUUCUGUCAAUUGUUUCAAUCAUUUAAUAUUACUUAUGGAUCGUAGCCUCCAUUCAUAAAAGGUGGAGGUGUUUUUAAUUUUCCAACAAUUGUUAGCAAAUUUUACAUCUUUUUAUACCCAUCACCGAACGCUGUGAGAUAUAUUCAUUUCGUCAAAGCAUUUGGAAUAUCCGUAAGAUAUGGAUUUCAUGUUUAGCACAAACAUUGGAAACUUCUUGUACGCUAAAGUACUUGAAAAAAGAGAAAGGACAAAAUCGACCACGCCUACUCGAUAUUAUAGUGGAAGAAAAUUUUAUUUUUUUAUCACAUCCUGAAAAAGCCCAUAAAUUAUAGAUAUAUUUGGCUAGUGUCGAAUUUGGAACUCACCUAAGGCUGUCCAUCCGUCCAUCUGCACUUUAGCUUAGGGCAAACAUGAAGAUAUCGUCUACAAAUUUGUAAAAGAAUUUUUAAAUGACCUAAACAGGUUAAAGAACACGCCUACAACGUUUACAUCGCCUACAUACGUAUGCAACAAUAAGUGAGAGCAGUUUUGCUUUCCAUGUGUACAAGACUUACAUCAUACUCUUACGGUAUCGAUACCUUAUCAAAGAUCUUUAAUCGGGCGAAAGCUAAAAUACUCGACUGUUGUUUGGGUUCUCAGUUAUGGGUGCAAUGUUGAUCUACUUGAGUGUGUUCAAUAUGAUUUCGUAUUAUUUGCCUCAAGUAAUUUAUGAUGGGAUCUUCCUCUAGCCUAUAAAAAUAGGUUGAGAAUUUAUCCGUUUAAUUGCCGUUGCUUGAGAAAAGACACAUAACGUUAGAAAGGUUAAAGUUCAUAUUUCCUUCGUUAACUCGGCUUAAAAAAGCAUAAUAUUAUAGGGCUAACUGCUGGACUUUAUCUGUGAGCGAGACAGCGACCAUCACCUCUCUUUUCUUUCUGUACUUCUUUCUUACCGUCACUGGUCAUAGUAAGAAAAAACAAAAACUUGGUAUAAUAAACUUUCCUGGACGUUGUAUACAUCCGUACAAACUUAAUAUAUGUUGCACCACGAGGGGCGUGCAGUUAAUUUAGGGCGGAUCUUUCGAAUGAUGAACAACCCUUGAAUACAUAUAUAAUGCAUAGCGUCUUUAAUGCGUAUUUUGGAAUAAAAAAUUAAUAGACUCGCAACGUCCCGGCGAUCGGUAUAACAAUCGGAAAAUCUCUAGAGUAUAAUUAUCUUGGAAUCAAUUGUUGAUAACCGCAAGUAUUGUAAAUAAAAAUUCUAAUCGAUUAUGUACGUGUUAGUGCGUUUAUGGUCUUUAUAAUUUCAAGUGAUUUAAUUGAUAGUGAAUCUAAGAGAACUUAAUAAACUUUGUUAAACAUACACUUAUAUGGAAUUUAAUAAUUUUCCAAUUUUCAGUUGAUUGGAGUAUAAAAGUCGAUAUUAGCUUGCAAAAGUUUGCAGAGUGAAUUCGGAACUUUAUUUAAUUUAUUGAAAGAUUUUUUAUUGAAAUCAAUAUGAAGCUAACACUAGCGAUUGCUGUGAUGGCUUCGUGCCUUUUCCUUACCUGCGUUACGGCGAAAGCUGACAAUUAUGAUAAAUCUCAAGAGGUCAGAGAUUCUUCAGUUAAAGACUAUGAAGGUCCAGUUGUAUUUUCUUUCAAGGCGAGACUUCAAGAGUGCGCAAUGCGAGGUGCCUUCACCGUUAUGGAAAAUUCGGAGAAGAUGAUCGCUGAUAUUGAAGAUUGUAGGGUAAAUUUAUCUGAAGAAGCCGAGGCUGUCACUGAAUUUGCUAAGGAAGUUAUUCACAUUACCAAAAAUGUUUUCUCCAUCUAUAAAAGUUGCGAUUACUCUAUAGCCCCGGAACAGCCCAAUCAUGUAUCACUUUUCGAGUGUAUCCGAGCCUUAUUGGAAGAGAUUAAAGCAUUAUAUAAUCAAAUCGGGUUAACUAUUCAAUUAAUCAAAAAGGUUCCCGUAGGUGCUAACCAAUGUGCUACCAUAACAUUGUGUAAAUAUCGGGAUGAACUAACUGGAUUCCCCAGAUUUAUGGAAGAGUGCUUUAUGCGUAGACAAGAAAGUUAAAUAACUUUAAAUUUCUUACAUGCAAGUGAUCUUGGUAUAAAUAAAUGUUAGCGAUAAGAGCAGUUAAUAAGUUCAGAUGAAAAAAGCCAUGAAAAUCUGCGUAUGGUGGCCGAUCAUAUCCAUGUAACCACAACCCGGUAGCAGUAGGUUUAAGUGUCAAGUCGUUGCUUUUCAAUAAUUUUCAUUAUUAAAUAUUAAAAAUUAAGACCUGUUUUCAUAUAAAGUCUUAUACUUUAUACUUUGUAUAAAUAUUCACUUAGGUGUGUAAAUGUAAGACUCUCCUCCUAAUACCUACAUAUAUCAUAAUCGAAAAAGAAUUGUUUUAAAAAUGAAAAUGCCGAGUUUUGUGCCCAAUAAACAGCAU